AUGGGUCGGGCGGUGGCGCUGGGGCUGCUGCUGCUGGGGCUGCUGGGGCUGCUGGGUCCGGCUCUGUCCGGGGGCUGCCCCAAGGAGUGCCUCUGCGCCAGCAACCUGCUGAGCUGCUCCAAGGCCUCGCUGAGGGCCUUCCCGUCUCCGCUGCCGCCCUACGUGGCCCUGCUGGACCUGAGCCACAACGAACUGGGCCGCCUGAGGUCGGACUGGGCCCCCUCCCGGCUGCCCCGGCUGCACUCGCUGCUGCUGAGCCACAACGGGCUCUCCUUCGUCUCCAGCGAGGCCUUCGGCAACGUGCCCCACCUGCGCUACCUGGACCUCUCCUCCAACGCCUUGGCUGCCCUGGGAGAGAACCUCUUCAGCCGCCUGGCCGAGCUGGAGGUGCUGCUCCUCUACGGCAACCGCAUCGCCACCAUCGACCGCUCAGCCUUCGAGGAGAUGGGCGCCCUGCGCAAGCUCUACCUGAGCCACAACCGCAUCGCCCGCUUCCCCCUGGAGCUGGUCCGGAAGGGCGAGGCCCAGCUGCCCCAGCUGGCCCUCCUGGACCUCUCCGCCAAUGAGAUCAAGCACCUCUCCGCCGAGGAGCUGGGCCGGCUGCCCGCCUGGGUCAAGAACGGCCUCUACCUCCACGCCAACCCCCUGGCCUGCCGCUGCGACCUCUACCACCUCUUCACCCACUGGCACAAGCGGCAGCUCAGCCCCGCCGUCGACUUCGAGGAGGAGCUGCGCUGCCUCCACGAUGGGCAGAGGGUCCGCAUCUCCCGCCUCAGCGACCCAGAGCUCAUGAACUGCAGUGAGUUCAAGGAGCGGGCCCUGGAGGUCCACCGCGGGGAGAAGGUGACCAUCAACUGCGACACCCGGCAGCGAGGGGCGACCGUCUGGGAGUGGCUGACCCCCCGGUACGAGCGCGUCCCCCAGGACCGGGAGAACGGCUCCAUGAUGGUGCUGGCCAACGGGAGCCUCCAGAUCGCCAACAUCAGCCUGGAGGACAUGGGCCCCUACACCUGCUACGCAGUCAGCCAGGUUUUCAACGAGACCCUCUACGUCCACGUCACCGUCCACAACUACUCCUUGCACGGCGUCCCCGACACGCUCAACACGGCCUACACCACCCUCGUGGGCUGCAUCCUCAGCGUUGUCCUGGUCCUCAUCUACCUGUACCUGACGCCGUGCCGGUGCUGGUGCCGCAACGGCGAAAAGCAGACCGACCAACACGAGGACAGCAUCAACUCCUCCGUCCUCAGCACCACCCCCAACCACAAUGCCGACGGGGCUGGAGGCAAGGAAGGGUCAAACCGGCACACGGGUUCAAGUGGUGUGCAAGGCCAGAAUGGCAAAUGCAAGCCCAACAGCUCCCCUCAACAGGGCGUGAAAGGCGGGAGGAAAAUGUCAGACCAGGACUCGGUUAGUUCGGUCUUCUCAGAUACUCCCAUUGUGGGAGGCUCACAGAAUGAAGGCGGGAGAGGAGGCAGUAGGGACAAAGGAGGGGCUGAGUUGGUGGGGCUGCUGUGAGGAGUAGGACAGUGGAGGGAAAAAGAAUGGGAAAGGAGCCACAUCCUUCAGGUUAUACCUGGUCCUCCUCCAUGCUACCAUAGUACUACCGAAUAGUGUUGCUGCUUUAUUCUGCUGCUGCACAACCCAGUAUUGAAAACCUAAAAGUCCCAAUUUGCUCUCAAAGCACUGCCCUUAUGGAGCCCUUUUUCAUUCUUUUUUUUCUUUUUGUGGGGAUGACUAAAUGAUUGUUAAUCUCCCUUCCUUUGGGACCUUGCAGACGUUCCAGCAAGAGAAGUAGAGAAGUAGAGUGCAGGGUCAACAGGGCAGUGGAUUUACUAGGUUUUCUCUAUUAGGAAACUUCCCUCUCAAGCCUUGUGGCCGCAAAAGUGGUUGCAUGCUGUCUCAUCUGAAAGACUAAUCAUGUUAGUGUGGCAUAUGCUUUCCGAAGGUGGCAGUCUGCUUCGUCGGAUGCAUGAAGCGGGCCUGAAACCACGCACAUUAAAAUAUGUUCAUCCCCAUAGUAGCUCCAGCCACAGCAGUAAUCCCAAUCAGCCACAGCACUGUGGAGGGAAAUGAUCCCCUUCUAACUCCUUAGGGGGGUUUUUUAAUUAAAAGAAGCACAUUACACUUUAAAAAAAAAAAAAAGCAAAUGAAGGCUUCCAUGCUACCCGACUUUUCAGGAUAUAAUUCAAAGCAUUUUCUUGCAAGUGGCCCAACCUGUUUUGGAAACCUAGGUCACCCUCAACAAGGAUGAGGAUAAGGGUGAUGAAAUAAUUCAGACUUCAACAGUUUGGAAACUUAGCCAUACGAAGGGGACAGUUAUGCAGUCUCUCUUUGGCAGAUAGCUUUGUAAGGAAUUAAACCUAAAGAUUUUAGCCUUCAUGACAUCAGAUUACAAAAAGGAGCGACCUUUUUCCCUGCCUUGGUUGGACAAGAACCAUGGCACAGCAUGGUCAGAUUCAGCUGUUUUCCUUGCUCACCUCUUUGCUUUGCAGGUUUAUAGUAAGAUUCCCCACUCUCCACUACAUAGUUCUAAUAUGUCAAGGGAAGAGCCAGGGUUGCAGCGCAGCAAUUUAUCCUUUCAGCAGUUUGGAGGCUUCAGAGACCAGGAAAUAAUGCAGCAGCCUCAUCACCUUCAGUAAGUUUCUCUCAUGAGCCUAACUGUUUUAGGAGACCAGGCGUUCUACAGACUCCCGCUUCUGGGGCAGGGAAGGGCGGCAAGGAAAGUUCCUGACUGAUUCUGACUACAAUGGAACUUCAGCAACAAAACGUAGGCAGCAUUUCUGGCAGAAGAGACACCUUCCUGGAACGUGCUUGUUCUCGCUUCAAGCCUCACUUAAGACCCGUGCCAGUGUGUUUGGCUCUUUUUUGAAUCCAUUCCUUUUUAGCUUUAUCUCUCCCUUUUUCGGGGAGAUGGGGAGAAGGGGGUGUAGAAGGGAGGAAAGGGAUGAGGGACUAGUUUUCAGGAUGUCAUGUUGCUUUGGUUCCUUUCCCUUUAAUUCUGCAAGAGUUAAAGUCACAAUGAUUUGCACCUACUAGUUUCUUGUGGUCACCAUGAACACCCCCCCAAGGCCAUUCCCAAGCAAGUGCAGGAAGAAGGUCUUUACACAAGGCUUAUCACUUGCCUCAUCUCUCAAAUCCUAACAGAGAAAGUGGAAUUCCAUCUUCUUGCCCAAUGGUCCAUUCAAUAUGGCUGGCCUUGAGAAGCCAUGGAGCCACCCAAGAAGGGUGCUAUCAAGGGAAUCCCCCCACCAUUACCUUUUACAUUGCAAAGAUUUCCAUUUCAUCUUGAUUCUGACUGUUGUCGAUCACAGCUGAUGUUAUCUCGUGUUUGCAGAGAAGAAUGGGAGGCUAACAGGAGAGGCCAGAAGAAGCAGGACGUGUCAGAGGUGGUAGAUAAGUGACACAAUAAGCCAUAGAAUGUAUUGCACAAAGCUGUGAAUGGGUCCAAACCAUUCCUGCUCCUAAAGAGCCAGAGCGCUGUGCUAUAUAGCCAUAGGAACCCUGUUUACAGCCCUGGGGCUCUCUGUCGUCUCACCAUUAGGGAACCGUUCAAGAACUGUGCAGAGCCCAUAAUGGAAUAUUAAGCUGCCUGUAACUAGCAAAUCUCUUCAGCUGAAUCAGCUAGCGUGUCAUUGUCCUUGGUGUGCUGUGGGGAAGAAGUCCUCAAAGAAGCAUGCAGUCCAAGAUAAAGAUGUCUGCAAGCCACAUGAGGGGGAGAAGAGAGAAGCUAAGGCUUUAUUAUUCUUUUUAAGAAAGAGGGGUGAAUGAAAAGAAUGUAUUUAUUUACUUAUUUAUAUGUUACACUGCAAAUGGUGAAAGCAGGGAGAAUUUAGCAAUAAUGAAUUGGAAUGACUGAUUUUUGUAUGCCUGUGAUUGAAUGCAAAAUCAUGAGAGUUGCCAUGUUCUAAACUCUCCUUCCAUAUCUUGCAGUAAACCUGUUUUCCAAAAUCCCUAGGCAUUAGGAGCAAAAUUAGAAAACUACUAAGGAAAAGUUUACAAGUUUUUUUAAAUGAAUGAAAAAAAUAGGCCAACCAGAGCUGCUGAUGUAGUACAAAGAAAACAAAACCAAAUCCAGAAAAUGUGUACUAUAAUAUAGCAUAGGCUAUAUGUUUACUCAUUCAUGCUAAAAAGUAUAACCAACUCACUUUGUUUUGAGGCUGAUAAUACUUCUCCAAAUCUGGGGAGGAAUAGGGCAGUGGGGAGAACUCUCUUUGCUACUUGUUGGCACCAUUGCUACUUGAACUCUUUGCUUCUUUAGUAGCAAAGAGCCAUGCUGCUACAGAUCAUAAAGGCAGCACAGAUUGUGGUCCAUAGCAGCAAGCCAAAGGAAGGAAUUACCCUCUUCCAACCCCAGGCAUUAAAAUAUGUGAUUAUGCGAGAAAGGUUUGCAGCCUGAAGGGGCACACUGCAGGCAUCAGGCACAAUAUACUUGAAAGGAAACAAAUCCAUACCACAGCAUUGCUAUACCUCUGUACAGUAAUCCUAGCGUAGACAUUUGUAUUGGAUGCAUCAUUCUGAAUUCCCUCAUGCUCAUAUGUAUUUGCUGCACUUAAGGGUAGGACAAAAGAAGCUGCCUUAUGCUAGGUCAGACUUUUUACCCAUCUGGCCAAUUGUUAUUUAUUUUGACUGGCAUCAAGUUCAGAGCCAUAGAUCUCCCACUAACUAGUGAUACUGAGAAUCUUAUGCAUACAAGCAUGGGCUCGCAAACACGACCUCAGGUUAUGAUUCUGGUUUAACAGAACUGUGUUAAUGGGUCACUAAACAGCCUGAUGUCUCAAAUAUGCACAUGUGUGCAAGUAUGAAUUGGCGUGUGGGUGUCCAUGCUUUAUGUAGCCUCUGACAUUGUGCUAGAGGAGCUUAAUGCUUAGGCUGUGCUAGGACCGGAAUAACAUUUAUAGAGGGCACAAAAGCACAUGACCAGUAAAAGUAGUUCUAGAUUAACAAACUGAUUUAACAAAUUCUGAAACUCUUUUAAUUUCAGUUAGUGCCCAGGCUUUUGGUCUGCAGCUUCCCUUAGUUCCACCCAGCAUGUUAGUAGGAAGAGAUUGUGGGACUUGUAGACCAGACUUUUGGAUAGCCUAACCCUGAUAUAUCCUUUAAGAAACCAGACCAAUCCUUCUCUUUACGAGCAUUUGACCUCUUGUUUUCCCACUGAUGCUGACUCAUUUUUGAAGCAGAAUGUAGGACUCAAGUGUUUCCAUCUGAUUUAUCAGUAUGCAAAGGGAUCUUACAGCAUCUUUGAGACUAAUUGUGUGAAAAAAAGUUGUAGCAUAAGCCUUUGUAGA